AUGAAAACAAUUUACCCAAGUUUAGAGUCUAUUAGAUUAGAAUCCAAAGCAACAUGUACAAUAGAGAACAAGGAAGAAUCAAUUGAUAUUUAUUUGAUUGGACCAUUUCUUUUUGGACUCGGAAUAAAGCCAUCAAACUUCCAGCUGAUAUUCUACUCUCCUCACUUUUGUUCUACUUUAGAUCGUCAGAAAUUAACAAUAACUUUUAUCCCAAAUUCACCAUUUUUUCACUCGAAAAUUCUACUCGCUUUGCCAUCUACUGAAAUAGCAAUACAAUGGCAUAAAUUUUUUAUUAAAAUUAACGAUAUAAUUCACAAAAUUCCACAAAAUAAAAUUCCGCCAGUCUCAAUUCUAGCAAAAGUCUAUAACAAGACCACAAACUCUAUUAACACAGCAGAUGUGAACGUUUUCGGCGAACAAAUACGAAUUAAAGAACAAAAUCAAAAACCUGUUAAAUUUGAAAUCCAAACGCAGAAUAUUAAUUGUGUUUUAGCACUCGAAAUGCCAACUCCUCCCAAAGACUAUUACUUUACAUCAUUUGCUGUAGUAUACAGAAAGUUCGGAGAUUUAUAUGUGAUAUGUGAUAGUAUAGAUCAGCUUAUGUUUACAUUCAUUUCAAUUGACCUUACAAUAUGGAAUAUCCGUAAGCAAAAAACAGAGAUAAAACUCAAGAUGGCUCAGCCAUUUUCGAAAAAGAACAAUUUGCAAAAUGAUUUACCCCAAUUUAUAUGCGACAUGAACAUAAAUAACACUUUAGAGCUUCCGAAAACACCUGAGUUGACAUUCGUUUCCCGUGUUCCGAUCCCUGAAAAGGCUUCAAACAGUGUAGAAAUUAUCGAUUUUAAUAGGGAAGUUCACCGGACGAUAAUUUUACAACCAUUCAAAAUUAAAUCGAAUUUCCAAGAGAACCAAAACAAUGAGAUUCCUAUAGAAGAUAUACCUAAAAACGCUUUCCGCGAAGAAAUCGAAAAAAUCAGAAAUUCGAUUGAAAUUUCGAAUAAUGUCGAAGUAAAAGUCCCUCAAGAGAAAGUAACUAAAGAGUUUAUGCAGCAGAGUGCCAGUGAAUUAAGCAGUUGUAUGUAUUUCAGACCUAUUUGCGAUCCAAGACUUAUUUUUCUUUGUCAAAAGAUCGGAAUUCCAUUUAAUAACCCUGUUUUUUCAUUAAAUGGUCAAAAAGAACUGGAUCAGAUUGCCUCAUUCAAGACACUCAGCGAACUCAGUGUUUUCAUAAGCUCAAUACUCAUAAAUGGUACAACAGAUACAAUGCUUCUUUCCAAAAUACCUUUGUUAUGCGCAAACGAUAAAAAUAUUUUGGAAUCAUUGCCAAAUUUAAAAAUGUCACCUUUUUCAAAGUUGACAAUUUUUGUAUCACGAUUAAUCAAGACAUUGAGGAUGAAGAAGUUCGUAGAGCUUCUUAUGAACAAUCACCAGUUAAGGAAGACCAUUUACAGAGAAGAUGCAAUGUGUAAUUCCCCAAUUUUCCUCGAAAAAUUGAAAGAAAGAGUUACUGUUUACUUUUCAAAGGCAUCGACACCUUGUUUCGAUGUCUAUCCACUUCCUUUCGCUACAAGAGAGAGAUACGAGUACUUGAUAAGAAGCAUCGUUCCGAAAGCUGAAAAAGACCCUGAAUUGGCCGGACGAUUAAUUUUCUAUUUGGUAAAAUUUUUCACUUUGAACCUAAAGAACGGAAAAAUUUUACAAAUAGUUGACUUAACGAUGAAAAUCAUCAAGGAUGAGAACCAGAGACAGAUGUUAAAUGCUUCCUAUCAGUUCGCAAUCAAAAACAAAGAGUCUGAUUUAGGAAAAUUCGCAAUGACUUUGUUGAAAGGCUUGGAAUGCGGCCAAUUGUAUGUUUGGGUAUUAUACAUUGGUAAGGCAAUUAUGAGUAACAAGUCUAUGUAUAAUGAAGAAGCUCCUGCAUUGGAUCCAGAAAAUAUUGUGAUUAUUUCUGAUUCAAUCAUCAAAUUAGCUGGUGUUAUAUUCGAUUUCGAUAUCGAUAUACUCGAUAAGUUCCCAUUGUUCCAUUAA